GCUGGGGCUGCUGGGGCUGCUUAGUUGAUGCUAUUCACCCACUGAGUACAAGUGUCUUGAAAGUUGAUCUCGAUACUUUCCGCGCCUCGACGACACAAUACGAUGGUGAUUAGGUAUUCCUCGAGUCGUCGCUGCUGCCUUGCUGCCUGGUUUGCGCGUUCUCACACCUGGCAAACAAUGUGGCGGCGCAAGCUCGAGGUGAAGGUGAAAGUCGGCACUGCCCUCUUAAAUAACCCAGUCCUCCGCUCCACUAACCUCAUCUUCUCUUCUCGUACAACACAUAGAACAUGGCAAGGAUGGCGACGGCGACCGAUCCUAUGGAUCUCAUCGACAUUGCAACUCUCUUGAACUACGAACGAGUCACCAGAGAGCCGCACUCUCGCCACACCAAGCUCGUCCAUGUUCUGCUUCCUGACGACCCCAUGUUGGAAAAGCUGCAGAAGAACACCCCCUCAAAACUUCUCAAGGACAACAUCCCAAACGAACGCACCUGGAUCAUUCUCCGCGACAGCAAGGGCGACGACGAGCAGCCCGAUCUCCCCAGCACCAUGAUCAACAAGGCCAUGCCCCCAUUGCGCCCUCUGUCAAGCCAAGACCUCGAGACAGUCUACUACCGCAUAAAGCACCAAGAUGCCUGCUAUUCAAGCGUGUGCCUCCUGCAGUGCUUCUUUGGCCUCUUCCCACCAGACACGCCACUCCGCAUCCGCCACGAGCCCAUGGAUGGAAUGGGUACAUUCACGUAUGACACCACGAUCAGCCACCGGACGGGAAUCAGCGAUACGUUUGUCCUCCCCAAGUUCAGCACUGCCGUCUCAAUCGAAAACAGGAGCCCGCAGACCAACGACAACUUCUGGCUCAGCGGCUACCAGCACACGCUGAACCAUGCACACAUGGGCUUCAGCCCGCCGGGAAGCGAGUGGACCAUGUCGCUCCUCGAUCUCUCGUCCAUGCAGUUCGGAGACGUCGGCCGCGGCCCCGGCAGAAAGGGCAGGAUGCCGUUCGUCUGCGAACACGCGUUUGGAUGGGAGCACAGGUGGCGCGACUUCGCCCACAGCCACCAGCCCGGGUCGCGUGCAUUCAUCGAAACGCUGCUCGGUCCCGCCUACCCCGAGGACGCCAGGCAUCUCCAGGAAGCCGCCCAGCGCGCGAAGGACAGGUGGGAGAAGCGGGCCACGGAGAAGUGGUGCGCGUGCUGUGGGGCGCCCAAGCCCAAGUUCAAGUGUGGCGGCUGCGGCGAGGUGUGGUUCUGCGACCGGCAGCAUCAGAAGAACGUCUGGCCUUUGCAUAAAGGGUAUUGUAAUAAGGUGCCGGUUGGCAUCUCGGUCAAGCACAUGGAGGCGCUGAUGGAGAUGAGACAAUGUCCUGCGGAUCGUGCGAAGCCAUCCAAGAAGUGAGCAGCUGCGCUUAUGCAGAUUGGAACAUAUAGAUGAUUGGAUUCUAAAGUGGAAUAAAUCUUCCUCUUUGACCUAUGCAUAUCGGUACGUAGAGAAAAUUAAAUUCUAACAUGAGAAACAUGUUUGACCCAUGUAUAUCGGUAUACACAGAUAAUUGAAUUCUAGAAAGAAAAAUGUGUUUGAUUCACGAUAUCGGUACAUACCA